AUGGAAACUCCCGGCCCUUCCAACUCCAACUUCCAAUCCGUAGCCUCGGGCGAGUACCCUUGCAAUUCAUUCUCACCCAAUCUGUGCCAAUGUAUUGCCAACGACGACGUGCUCAUCUACUAUCGAAACGCCGGAGGGAUGAACAGCAACGUGAACGACUACUUCCUGGCUGCAUCCGAAGAAUGCUACGACAUCAUCGUGUUAACUGAAACCUGGCUUGGCCCGCGAACUCACUCUUGUCAGGUGUUCGGUCCCGAAUUUGAAGUUUUCCGUUGUGAUCGUGGGCCCGGAAACAGUCGAAAGUCAGCGGGCGGCGGAGUGCUUGUUGCGGUGAACAAAAAACUGGAAUCAAAAGCGAUUGAAAAUGAUCAAUGGAGCAGUAUUGAGCAGGUGUGGGUGUGUAUCGAACUCGCAAACAGCAAACUUUUUGUGUGUGGCAUUUACAUUCCGCCUGAUCGAGUACGCGAUGACGCUCUAAUCGAUGUUCACUCCCGGUCGGUUAUGUCAGUUAUCGAUGUGGCUACCGCAACCGACGAGCUAACUGUUAUCGGGGAUUUCAACCUUCCAGGACUUCUGUGGCAACCAUUCGGCAAUGGUUUUCUCCAUCCGGAUCCCGAUCACUUCACUGUACACCUCGGAGCUUCACGGCUUCUCGACUGUUAUAGCUCUGUCACAUUGCGACAAAUCAACCACGUGACCAACGAGAACAAUCGCAAUCUGGAUCUCUGUUUCGUCAGCGUACAGGAUGUUGCCUCAGUGAUUUCGCUCGCUCCGUCGCCUCUGGUUAAGCUAGUAAGACACCACCCUCCAUUCAUCCUAGCCCUCCACGACCAUCAUUCUGAUCAUAGGAAAAUCAUCCCGCCUGUUUCGUACGACUUUCGGAAUGCUGAUCACCGAAGCAUUGCCAAAUUCUUUGCAACUACCGACUGGAUUGGUGCUCUCGACGGAAACGAUGCCGACAACGCAGCAUUGACUCUUUCACAUAUAAUUGGGCACGCAAUCGAUCGUCAUGUACCUAAUAUAGUACAUUCGCCGAACAGUAAACCUUGGUUGAUCCGCGAGCUUCGUAUUCUGAAGACGGAAAAAAGGGCUGCGCUUAGGACAUACUCAAAGUUCCGCACCCUUUCGCUGCGUGAGCAUUACAUCAGAUUGAACGCUGCAUACAAACGAACCAGUCGGGAAUGCUAUAGACGACACUUACACAGAUUUCAGCGUAAUCUGAAGUUGAAACCGAAAACUUUCUGGAAGUAUGUUAGCGAUCAGCGUAAAGAAUCGGGCCUUCCCUCAACCAUGACCCUGAAUGGUGAGGUUGCUUCGGAUCCUCAGUAUAUCAGUCAACUAUAUGCUGAUAAAUUCGGGCGAACGUUUUGCGAUGAAGUGAUCCCAGACGACCAGGCUACCAACAAUGUUGCGCUAGUGACUGCGAAUACGCUGGGUACUUUUAACAUCGACGAAACAAUGAUCUCUAGAGCCGCCUCAACGUUAAAAUCUUCGAAUAAAGCCGGCCCAGAUGCCCAUAUGUUUCCUGUUCAUAAGAAAGGGAAUCGGAAAGACAUCAAUAACUACCGAGGAAUCUCAUCAUUAUGUGCCAUUUCGAAGUUAUUGGAGCUUGUAAUCAUGACUGCGCUGCUGUCACACUGCAAACAAUACCUAAGUGAUGAUCAACAUGGAUUCAUCGCCGGCAGAUCAACCACUACAAAUCUCAUGUGUCUCACAUCAUAUAUUGCGGAAAGCUUAGCGGAUCGUGCUCAAAUGGACGUCAUCUGUACUGAUUUAUCUGCGGCGUUCGACAAAAUCAAUCAUGCUAUUGCAAUUGCCAAAUUGGAAAGACUCGGUAUCAGCGCAAAUGUGCUGCGUUGGUAUAAUUCCUAUCUCGUAGGUCGUAAACUGAUUGUGACGGUUGAAGGUUUUCAAUCUAAUGCGUUUUCGCCUCGUCUGGAAUCCCGCAAGGCAGUCAUUUUGGGACCGUUAAUCUUUCUGCUAUACUGCAAUGAUGUCAACCACGUCCUUGAAGGCCCUCGUUUAUCCUACGCCGAUGAUCUGAAGAUUUACUUGAAGAUUCGCUCCAAUGUCGAUGCAAUUCGUCUUCAACGAGAACUUGACACCUUUAUUGGUGUAACUUGA